AUGAACGUCGCUAUCCCCGACAAGAAGCUUCGCGUCGCUAUCAUCGGUGCCGGUCUCGGCGGUCUCGCCCUCGCCCUCGCUCUGCAGAAGAACAUGCCUGAUAUAGAGCUCGACAUAUACGAACGUGCCAAACAGCUCGCUGAAGUCGGCGCCGGUCUCGGUGCGUCGCCUCGCGUCUGGGCGAUCCUCCAGUCCCUCGGCCUCGAAAAGGAUUUGUUGGAGGCUGGCGGCACGACUCAAGUCAGUGGAACGAUGCCAUUGCGCUUCCUGAAGGGCGACCAGCCCGAGGUGGCUGAAAUAUGCGAAUUCGGGUCCCCAGUCCGCACUUUCCACCGGGCGCACAUACAGCAGAUCUUCACGCGACACCUGAAGAACUCCGAGCAGAUUCUUCACUUCUCCAAGCUCCUUGUUGGCUACGCAGAGCCCGAAGACCCUACGGCCCCGAUAGUUUUGCGGUUCGGGGACGGGUCGACGGCCACCUGCGAUCUGGUCCUCGGUGCCGACGGCCUCAAGAGCGCGGUUCGCCACCAGAUGUAUAACGACAUGGCGGACGUGGCGGAGAAGAAGGGUGACCUCGACAUUGCCGCGAAGCUGCGGGACGUGAUUCCCCCUGUGUGGUCGGGCAUGGUCGCCUACCGCGCCGUUGUUCCUACGGAUAAGCUCACGCAGGACGUCAAGGACUUGACAAAGCCGAUGAUGAACAUUCUGUUUGGCAAGUCACGCUAUCUGAUAUACUUCCCUAUCUCGCGCGGGCAGGCAUACAAUGUGGCUGCCAUGGUUCAAAUGCCCGGGGCCGCGGGCACACAGUACAACGGUCCGCCGUUGACGGCAGAGGGGAUCCUGAAGCUCUACACCGACUGGGAUCCCAAGAUCAAGAGCAUUAUCAGUCAUAUGAGCAUGCCGCUCGACUGGGCCGUACACACCGUCAAAGAUCUCCCCACGUAUGUGAAAGGUCGCGUUGCUCUUCUCGGUGAUGCAGCGCACGCAAUGACCACUAGCCAAGGCUCUGGCGCAGGCCAGGCGAUCGAAGACGGCUACAUACUCUCCGCCGUACUCGCCCAUCCCCUCGUCACGAGCCAGAAUAUCUCCGUCGCGCUCGAGAUCUACGACACGGUCCGCCGGCCGUUCUCGCAAGACAUCGCGCGCCGCUCGCGCGAGAGCACGCGUCUGUACCUUCUCGACCGGCUCGGGUGGGAGAACGUAAGCGAGGCUGAGUGUGCGCGCGGCGGGUUCACGCACGAGCAGCUCCAGCCAAUUGGGCGGAUGAUAGAGGAUGAUAUGGGGUGGGUGCAUGCUACCCGCAUCGAGCACGACGAGGAGCGCGCGAUGCAGAUGGCACAGGAGAGGCUGAGCGCGCAGGCAUGA